ACACCAACCAAAGCCACAAAAGAAAAGCAAUAGCAAUAGCAGUAGCAACAGCCCAUAUAAAAUAUAAUGGCAGAAACCUGCGACUCCAACAAUAAAGUGAUCCGUGAAUACCAUCAUGAUGCUUCCUUUAUGUCAAGGUGUGACAUCUUUACUGAUGUUACCGAGUACCAACUGUGUCUGGCAUAUGCCGGAGAAUCUGGUAAAGGAAACUUCGAACCUAAGUGGGACACAGACAAUGUCACUCCCCACCUUAUCGAGCAGUUCAAGCUAAAUUGUGCUGCCUCGAAUCUGCCAGUCAAAGUGUUUGUCAGCAUCGGAGGAGAUGACCCCUUCAAAGUUGCUGCUGGUGGUGCCGAUGAUUGGGUUCUCAAUGCCACAACCACACUCCACCACAUGAUCAACGAGUACCACAUCGAUGGAAUCGAUGUUAACUACACCACAAUCCUGUGCAACAAAAAAUUGUUUGUUAACUGCUUUAAGGAUCUCAUAAGGGGCCUAAGGGAAGCUCUAUGCACCACUGGGUUUGAGGCUUCCUUAGCUCCAGAUGCUGCCACCAAUGAGGCUUUCUACUUGCCCUUGUACCGAUCUAUUGAUACUUCUUGGAUUGGAACGGUUGUGUUUCAGUGCUUCGUUGAUUUCGAACCUAAAGAUCCUAACAGAUCAGUUGAAAUCUUGGUGCGCCAGGUUGAGAAGAUAGUGGAAGAGUAUGAUUAUUAUGACUCUAAGAUCUUGCUUGGCUACAGCGCCAUUAAGGAGGAUUGGAAUAAAGUUUCACCACCCCUCUUCUUUCUUGCUCUCAAUCGCCUAGUGCAUUCUUGGCCUAGGGUUAAGGGCGCAUCUGUCAAGGUUCUUAGUGACACCUAUGCCUUCAUUCCCCCAACGUGGAUCCCUAAACUCCUGUCUUUGGCCGUCUCCGAUCCUGGAAAAUAUCCUUAAUUGAAGAUCCAUAAUUAUUAAGUUCUAUCUAUGCAUUCAUGGCUCUAGCCAUACUAUAUAUGGAAUAAGACCCAUGCUAUAUCUAUUAAUUGUAUGUGUGUGUUCCUUCUGCCUAUAUCUAUAUAUGUUGUGCGUGCAUUUGAAAAAACAAUGCAUGGCAUGCAUAUUUGUGGUGUGUUAAUGCCUACGUGCAUCUUUGUCUCAUCAAUAAAAUAUAUUAUAUGUCUUUGUGCUUCAUAAAUA